AUGGCAGCCGAAAGCAUUGUCAUGCAGUUCUGUGAGGAAACAACUUGUUCCGUGUGCCUGGAACACUUCAAAAAGCCAGUGACAGUUGAAUGUGGGCACAAUUUCUGCCAAGCCUGCAUCACCCAGUGCUGGGAGGAGGUGGACACAGGAGUUUCUUGCCCUCAGUGCAGAGAAAUUUUCCAGCAAAAAACUUUCAGGCCAAACCGGCAGCUGGCAAACUUUGUGGAACUUGUCAAGAAACUUCAGGCAGGAAAAGAAGCAGAGGGGAAGUGGGGAGUGUGCAAGAGGCACCAGGAGCCCCUGAAACUCUUCUGCAAUGAUGAUCAAGCCUCCAUCUGUGUGGUGUGUGACAGAUCCAUGAGGCACCGAAAUCACAGUGUCCUUCCUAUGGAGGAGGCUUUCCUAGAGUAUAAGAAAGAGAUCCAGACCCAGCUUCGUUCUCUGGCGGAAGAGAAAGAAAAGCUUCUGGAACAGAAAAUGGUGGAGAACCAGAGAAGCCAGAAAUGUUUGGCACACUUAGAAGAAGAGAAACAGAAGAUCAAGUCCGCCUUUCAAAGGAUGCACAAUUUUCUUGAACAACAAGAGCAGUUGAGGCUGUCCCAGCUGGAAGAGCUGGAGGGAGAGCUGGAGAAGAGGGACAAAGAAAAGCUCACCAGAUUCUCUGAGGAAAUCUCAGAUCUAAAUCACCUGAUCACAGAGAUGGUGGAGAAGUUGCAGCUGCCUGAAAACAAAUUUGUGCAGGAUCCCAAAACUAUAUUGAGCAGACAUGAGAAGAAGCCAAAAAGGCAGCGGUUGGAACUUCCUCCAGGACCGGAACAGGCUCUCAGGUUUUACUCACAGCGAACUCCUGGAAUACAGAAGGCUCUGGAAGAAUGUGAAGGGUCUCUGAAGCAAGCACUGCACGUGCUGAGAAAAGAGAAUGUGACACUAGAUCCAGACACAGCACACCCCUGCCUCGUUCUGUCUGAGGAUCUGAAGAGUAUGACACUGGGAGAGACAGCACAGAACCUGCCUAACAACCCUGAGAGAUUUGAUAACCUGAGGGGUGUGCUGGGCCGUGAGAAAUUCACCUCAGGAAGACACUGGUGGGAGGUGGCUGUAGGGAAUGUACAGGCACUCUGGGGUGUGGGUGUUGCUAGAGAGUCUGUCAGGAGAAAGGGAAAUAUCUUCCGUAAUCCUAAUGAAGGAUUCUGGGUUGUGCAGACAGCACCUAGGUAUGGCCAUAGUCAUACGUACUGGCAGAUGACUGCUUCGACUUCCUCUCAGUCAACUGUUUUAUCUGAUGUCAUUCCCCAAAAGAUACAGGUAUCCCUGGACUAUGAAGAGGGUCGUGUGGAAUUUUUUGUGGCAAACAAAAGGCUCUUCACAUUCCCUUCAUCCUCUUUCUGUGGGGAGGCCCUCCGUCCUUAUUUCUACACUUUUGACAAAAACACAUUACGGUUAUUAUGAGGGGUUCCACAACUGGAAAGAGGUGACAUUUUAGCAUUUUCUCUAUAGCUGCUGAAGAGACAUGGAAGAAUCUACAGUCUUUAGUGUAUUUGUGUGUGGGGGAGGGGGGUUGUCUGUUUAAUUAAAGGUUUUGGAUUGUGAAGGCCUGUGGCCAUAUACAAUAAAUUAUCCUGUCCUACAGUCUUAGUGGGUUUCCUGUUGACAGACCACAGAAUCUUCCACUUGUGGAGUAAGAGGGGUGGCAGUGUGUGGCAUCUGUACUAACCUCUUCUGCCUUUCAAAUUUUCUCAUGUCACAUAGAAACUGGGCCCUUUCAAAUUGCUUUUAAAGAUACUGUGCCAAAAAAUAAGGAUCUCACUAGAGUAAAACUGUCAUAUUAAUCCUCUGAUAUAUGUGUACCUUUUUUAAAUAGGGUCAUGAUUGUUUCCAAAUACUGAUCCCAUGGGUAGACAGUAACUGUUUUGGAUUUAGAUAUUUGUAUUGGCUGCUGUAUGACAUUCUAGGCCAGGGCUUGGAUCCCACAGAAAAUUUCCACUGCUGGAUGGGAUUUCCAUCAGUCUAGUGGACCUUGCUGCCCCUCCCCCUUCCACUGCAGCCCAAAAUGCCCUCCAAAAUGCUGUUUCCUAUGCAUAACCGCCCUCCAAACAGUCUGAGGAGGGAAGACUCAAAGGAUGGGAGAGGAGAAUCAGCAAAAAUCCCUUCUCUUUCCAUUUGUGGAAAUUUUCUGAAGGAUCCAACCCAAAUGUUUAUGCUCCUGGCUGAUCUCUUUUUCAAUUGUGUUCAAGGCAGGAUCCCUCUAUGGGGGUCAGAUCUAAGAAAAGAAAUAUUAGACCAGGCUUAAAAGGGAGUGGGGGCUAAAAGAAACAAGGUGAUCAGGCCCUCUGGGGAGUGACAGGGAACAAUUCCUAUUUGCCUAUUACUUGUAACUCGAGGUACUGUCACAUAUUUAUAAGCACUGGUCACUUUCUUACCUAUAUUUGUUGAUAUCUAUUGUAUAUGAGCAUAUUGGUCUUUAUUACUGUACUUGAUUAUUUCAGGAUCAUUGUAAGUUUGUAACCUUUAUUGUUGAAUGUUUAAUUGCCAAGCCUCUGAGUUUCUUUGUGGCAGUCAUGUUAUAUGGUUCAGUGAAUAUAUGAGACUGAAGACAUCGUUUAAUAUUGGUUAUUUCUUUAUUUAGAUCCAUUUUUUCUUUGUUUAGUUAGUUGUUUUUGGUUCCUGUGCUGCUUUCACUUAUGGGAGAGGAAAAUCAGCAAAUAUCCCUUCCCUUUCCAUUUGUGGAAAUUUUCUGAAGGAUCCAACCCAAGUGUUUAUGCUCCUGGUGGAUCUCUUUUCCAAUUGUGUUCAAGGUGGGAUCCCUCUAUGUGGGUCAGAUCUAAAAAGAAAUAUCAGACCAGGCUUAAAAGGGAAUCGGGGCUAAAAGAAACAAGGUGAUCAGGCCCUCGGGGGGGGGGGGGUGAUGGGAAACAAGUCCCAUUUGCCCCAUUUUGUUGUAUUAUUAAUACAACGGGCAUGCAGGGCCUUGUUAACAUGUUGCUUUUGUCACUGCUUGUUUUGCUUGGAAAUUAUUUGGCUUGUCCUUCAUGAUGGCAGAUUGUUUAAUGGGACAUAAAAUCUUACGAACUGUUUUUUCUCAAAAAAUUGUCUUCCUCUUGUGUCUAUCAAGGGACAGAGUAUUGGUCACUAGAGGGGUCUGUUCAGGGCCUGCUCAAUUUAUUUUACUGUCCCACAAACGGCAGGUUCUGCCACCUCCAACAGGACAGUAACAGUGUGGGGUCGGGAUGCACUUCUCAUCGCUGUCUAGCCACCCUUUGGGAGAUGCAGCAUCCUUUCUGAA